AUUAAACGCACGACAACAUAUUCGCUCCAUGUCACCAACGCUUAGUUUUUUAGAAGGUUUUAGAACACUACACGUGUGUUUAUAUAUUUAACGGAAACGUAUAGGCUGUGUUAAGUGCAGGAAGCUAUUUGAAGAUCAAGAGCACGUCCGGAAUAGAUUAAAACGUUGGCAUACACAGAGCCACACAAGCUAGCUAAUUGACCACCAUGACAGAAGCUCAGUCGGAGUACGUAUGUACUCUGCCUCAAGAACUCGUAGAAAAGGCUGAGAAGGAACUCAAUGAAAAACCUCAGUGGAGAAGUAGAGACAUCCAGGCCCUCAGAGACAUGGUUGUCAAACAGAGAGAUCUGAAGAUAAGAACUGACGAUGCCUUUCUGCUGCGAUUCCUUCGUGCGAAAAAGUUUGACUAUGACCGGGCCUUUCAGCUGAUUAUGAACCAUUACAAAAUGAAGGUGGAGAACAGAGAGUUAUUUACUAACUUCCGCCCAUCAGCAGUCAAGCACGUGUUGGAUGACGGGGUGACAGGAGUUCUGUCUAGCCGUGAUAAAGAAGGUCGACGUGUCUGUAUAUUCCGACCAGGCAAAUGGGAUCCAUCAAGAUAUCCUUUAGAUGAUGUUUUCCGAACAAACUUCAUGACAUUAACAAAACUUAUAGAGGAGGAAGAAACUCAGGUGAAUGGUAUAGUCAUGGUGAUUGAUCUAAAGGAAAUGGGUUGGAAUCAUGCAAAAUGCAUUUCUCCAUUUUAUGCUAAGCGUAUUUCAGGCUUACUACAGGACGCAUUCCCAGCCAGGUUCAAAGGCCUUCACUACUUACAUGAGCCGUCUUUCUUUGAUUAUGUCUUCUCUAUCAUGAAACAGUUCUUGAAAGAGAAGACUGUCAGCAGGCUACAUUUCCACAGUGACAGAGUUGAGGAGUUGACAGAAUAUAUAGACAAGGCCAACCUUCCAAAGGAAUAUGGGGGUGAUCUACCAGCAUUUUCCAAUAAGGACUGGGCAGAGACAUUGUUAAAAUGCAAUGAGCAAUUUGACCAAGAAGCUAAAUACGGCCUCCUGGACGCUAAAGCCAAAGCGACCAAGUCUUCCAAAGUAGAUGCCAUGGAGUGUCUUGUGGGGUCGUAUCGUAAAUUGGAUGUGUAAUUUGGAUAAGAGGUUUAAAAUUGAAGCCACCGAUGGAGAUAAAAAGGAACAUCUGAAUUUAGAUUUUGUACUCUUAGACAAGGCUGCUGUACCGGUCCGUCCACCACCCUGAUAGAUCCCAAACUUGUACACAUUCCGGUGAUGGACCCAAAUUCUCUACUAAUUAAUAUUGAGGUACAGAUUAAUAUAAUUAACAGUGGCAGUCCUGUUGUAAUCCUGGAAGUGAUCCAUGAUUUAUGAAUUUUAUUUUUGAUUUUUAAGAUUGUGGAUGACAAUAUAUACAUUAUAAGAUUUUUGUUUCAGUUUUGGACUUUUUUAUGUGUAGGCGUAAUGAAAUAUCUUUUUGUGAAAAGUAGAAUACUAUUCCAUUCCUUAUCUUGAAAAAAAAAAAGAGAUGUUAUGAAUUUUGUUGGACUUCAGCGGUGGAGCCCUCAUAUACACUAUUAAUAACUUAGCAUAAUUAUAAAAAUUUUGCAUUCAUGUGAAUUUAAAAUUACACCAAUUGAAGAUGAAAAAAUUCAUUUCAAUAGACUAGGGACUUGAUAUUGGUCAUGUAAGAUGCUGGGAUAAUGGGCUACCAAGUUUGUUCAAAUGAAUGACCUUGACCUUCAUUCAAGGUCAUAUGGGUCAAAUAGGCUAAAAUUUUCAAACAACUUCUUCUCAAUAACCGAGAAGCCUACAUUUUGUAGGAACUUGAUAUUAGGCCUGUAGCAUGUUUUAUUGAAGGGUACCAAGAUUGUUUAAGUGAAUAACCUUGACCUUGUUUUAAGAUUACAGGACUCAAGUCUUCAAACAACCUUUGAACCAAAAACUCCAUGCCAAUUAGCGAUUAAGGCCAAUAGGGCCUCUUUCUAUUUGAUAUUCAAUGAAGUACACAAUCAAAAAUAGUUUAGUCAGAUGACCGUUACGGCCCAUGGGUCUCUUGUUUUAAGUAUACAGUAUCAUAAUAGGGGGAUCCUGAUAAUGUUUGUUAAAUACCAUAUUUUUCUGACAAUAAUUAAGCCCAUCAUUGAUAACGAUCUAGCAAACCUGUUUCUAUUGCAAUUCAGUAAAAAGCAUCUCAUUGUCCUACAACAAUCCCCAUAUCUUGAAGAAUAGUUCAUGUGUUGGUACUCUGGGCUAAUUUCAGGAUCAAAUGUUAAUAAAACAUGUUUCUAUCGACCAUAUUAAGCAACAGAAAACAAUGCUUCUUCAUAUUCGUAUUUAAAGUCAGUACAGUAUAAGCUUGUAGGCAUAAAGUCCAUUAAAGAUGCAAUUUUUUACCUGUAUUAGUUAACAAUCUAGUCUGUGGGGUAAUUUAGCUUUAGCUGGAAUGACAAUGCAUUUAGAUUAAACCAACUUGUCCCCAUGCAUGGUGAUCACUGGUUUCCAUGGUAACGCCUGGUUUCCAUGGUAAUCUGCUUGUUCUUGUGGUAACCAAUGGUUUAAUUUAUAGAUCCAUUUCUUCCCCUGAUAACCUAUGAUUUUCAUGGUAGUUACCUGCUUGAUGUCAUGGCAUAUUAAUGACAAUGGAGAAACCCGAUGAAAUUGACAAUUCAUUCGUAUGACUGUUGCAGGAGUAAAUUUAAACAAGUUUUUGUCAUCGAAUAUUUGUGUCUACAAGAAGUUAUACAAGUUUUUAUUUUUUGUUAAUCUCUCCUUUUCUAAGUGGAAAAGAGUAUAUCUAAUUGACAGUAGAAUCUCAAAAGGAAAUAGGAAAAUCCUAAUAACACAUCAUGAUGGUAAAGGUGGAGGGAUGCUCCAAAUUGGUUUACAUAGGUAGCCUAGGUAGUGGAGAUAAUCCAACUCUUAAAAACUACAAAAAACUGUAGGGUGUAGCAGGCUCUGGGAAAAGUCCAAAUGAAAAUAGUGGGUGGUGCAGGUGGUAGGAACAGUUUGGUCGUCACAAAUUUUAGCAAUUUUCAAUUUGUACACAUUGUACUGUAUGUGUCAAAACAUUAUACAUGAAUAAUUAAAAAGUCCAAAUUUGAUACCAUUGUGAUCUUAGAGAAGUAUCUAAAAAUGUUUCAGAGAUCCAUGUGUGUAUGAAGUUAAAAUCAUCUGCAGCUUUUAUGUUGUAUAAAAGCCUUCUUUAUAUCAUUUUGAUAGAUAAUUAUCUUUAUUGUCUCUUAUAACAAUUGAUGUGAUAGUUAGGUUAGAAAUCGACGGAACUGCAGGAUUGGUAUCAACUAUGUCUUACCAAGAUGUUUGUUUUUUUUGUGAGUUGUUUUUUUAUAAACAGUCUUCCCUU